AUGCCGCUGGUACCCAUACCCAACCCGCGUGUCUUCUUCGACAUAUCGAUCGGCGGCAGGAACGCCGGGCGCAUGAUUUUUGAGCUUUUUAUGGACAAGCUGCCGUACACAUGCGAGAACUUCCGAGCACUCUGUACAGGGGAGACUGGUCUGGGGUACUACCUGCGGCCUAGGUGGUACAAGGACACGCCGAUACAUCGCAUAACUACCGGAUUCAUGUGCCAAGGAGGCAACUUCAACACCGGAAAUUCAUACGGUGGUGAAUCUAUAUACGGCCAAUAUAUGCGAGAUGAGUCGUACGCAUACUUGCACUCCAAGCGUGGCGUGCUGGGAAUGGCAAAGACGAGGCACAAACAUUCCAACGGAUCGCAAUUCUACAUCACAUUCAGGCCCUGCUCGCAUCUGGACAACAAAAUGGUGGUAUUUGGACACCUGGAAUACGGCGAAGACGUAUUGGACGCUAUCGAAGGGCAGGGGUCCAUGUUGGGGCGCCCCAAAAGGCCAGUGAGCAUAUUCAACUGCGGAGAAAUCCCACUAGACUGUGUUUAUGAUCCCGACAUAGACAACCCAGUGCGAAGAGACGGUUCGCUCUACAUAGUCAAAACGGACAGGGAAAAACCGAUCUUCUGCCAACAGCAGUGGGACCGUGAGCAGUCGUCGAAACGCGUCCUGCCAGACGAAGUAUAUAAGCGCGCUCAUUACAACUUCUAG